AUGCUGCUGGUGCUGCCCGCCGAGGGUGUUUCUCUGGGCGAUUUCAUCACCAAGCAGCUGACCGGACAGCUGUUGAACGCCGCCAUUCGCGGCACCUACGCCCAGGGCAAGGUCCGCCUGGAGGUGCCCCGUUUCAAGCUGACCGGCCACCACAAGCUGGCCGCCAGCCUGCGCGCCCUCGGCCUCACCGACGUCUUCACCAACGGGGCGGCCAAUCUGAGCGGCAUCUCGCCACGCUUCGAGGAGCUAGUCGUCAGCGAGGUGAUCCAGCAGGCGGUGAUUGAGGUGAAUGAGGAGGGCACGACGGCGGCCGCCGGCACCGCCCUCCUUCUCCUCGGCUCCAGCCGCUUUCCGCCCAAGCCGAAGGAGUUCAUCGCUGAUCGGCCGUUUCUCUACGCGCUGGUCACCAAGGACACCCACCAGGUGCUCUUCAUUGGCGCUGUCGAGGACCCCACCAAGGCCAAAUGA